UUUGAGGGAGAAGAGAGAGAAAAAAAGGAGAAGAAAGAUGAGUGUGUACGGAGGAGAUAGUUGGGGAAGAGAGGCACAAUACAGGAAGAGAAGAGUAGAUGAUCUCAUCGUCGAUGGAAUCGAUGCCUCCUUAUCAGCAUCUUCCUACAAGAAGCUCUCUACCGGAAAAUUUGCCUGCCUCGUCUGCCCACACAACCCCAUCCUCGAUACUCCUCUUAUGCUCUCCAUGCAUAUCAAAGGAUCACGCCAUCGCGCUGCAGAGUCCAGGGUUACAGAAAGAGAAUUAGCAAGGCAGGACGAGAUGAACAAGAGAAUAGCCUUGUCAGACUAUUCUACUUGUACCACCAAGACUAGUACACCUACCCAAAGAUGUAGAUCGUAUAGCAAGCCCUUAAUUGAACAGACACGGAAGGCUGCUUCUGAGAUACUUUGCAACAAAACUUGUCCGCAAAGUUCUACAAACGGAAAGCACGAUGUCAAAUAUAAUAGUGGUCUUUCUGCCAGUGGUCCAUUAUCUUCUAACACCAAGGACUCUUUUCUUGCAACAGAAGUUGCUGGCAAGGCUGUUGUCCAGCAACAAUCAGAUUUUCGAGACCGAAGAGAGAGAGAACUCAAGUUCACAGCUGCUGGUUGGAAGCGGGAUUGCCAUGGGAGGUGGUUCAGAGAUGAAAAUGUUGAAUUUGACUCUGAUGAAGAAGAUCCAAAUGUCUGUCUUGCUUGAUAAAUUAAGAGGACGGGCAUAAAAUUUGGUGUUCAUAAAUGUAUGAUUAGAUCGUGUGGUCGAUGGUGUGACAGUUUGAUCAAAUGGCUCGCCGAGACCAUGCUUGCUCAAUCAUUUAAUGACCGCUGCAACAGAACUAUAUCCUCUCUGUGACAUGCUUUGAUGGAAAAGGUGAGCGUUAAAUAAUGUGGCAGUUGCUUGAUGGUGGCUCAUAAUAUGCCAUCCCAUGACAUAACAGUUCACAGUUACGGUUGAUAUUUUGAUGUAAUUUUUGAACUGAUUGACCUGAACUUGGGCAUGCCCUCACUGGAUAUGUAAUUUCAGGGUGUGUUUAGCAGCGCCUGGAUCCUUUGUUGUAGGAGAAGUGCCAAGGAUAGUUGCUUAUAGCACGCGACUGUCCUUGGCACUUCUGCUGUUGUAGUGGUGGUGUAAUUUUUCGACUCAUUAUUUCUGUUUUUCAACACAGUUACUUAUGCUCUUCAAAACAUUUAUUUUGUUUUUUCAA